AUGCAGAUCCAUGAAGACCCAAACAAGCACAAGGUGGUGCGGCAAUGGCCACGUCUUUGGGGCUGGGAGUUUUCCAACAUAUCCUGGUGGGUUGCGCAGCUCUUCACAUGGGGAUCUGUAGCCUGGUGUAUCAAUGGCUGGUAUGCGCUGUUCCCUCUAGAGGACGAGGCCAGAAACACCAGGAUUGUCGGGUGGAGUGCGCUUGUGGGUGGGACGCUGUUUGAGGUGGGAGCGUACUGCAUGGUGGUUGAGGCUGUGAACAGGGGCAAUGCUGUUCGCUUCGGCUACGAGGUGAAGAAUCUCCUCGAGUCCGGGCUGACUCACUUCCACUUGGCGCGUGGCAGCGGUUACUACAGCCACAGCAACGGCUCAGGGCGUGAGAUGGAGACUGUCGAGGAUCGCCGUGCAGUCCUGGAUAAGGAUAAGGGCGGGAAGACGGGGUCAGGGAAGCCAUUUGCAAAUGGUGCUGGAAACAGUGAUGGGGCUACAAAGAAGGAUACCUCUGGCAGCGGUGGCCAGCGGUGGCGCUGGUGGGGCACCAGGUGGAAUAAUCUGGGCUACUUGGCGUCAUUUGUCACCAUGAUAGGCGCUACCAUUUUCUGGGUAUCCACAAUCGUGGGCGUGCCUGGAGUGCUGCCAGAUGAGUCAGUGCACUAUGUGGAGUGGGACAUCCUAUUCUGGCUGACACAGGUGCUAGGCUCGUGCUGCUUCAUAGCUGCAGCGAUCCUAUUCAUGCUGGAGACUCAGUCGUCCUGGUGGCGCAUACAACCCCUCAACCUAGGCUGGCAAGUGGGCUUCUGGAAUCUUAUCGGCGGCCUGGGAUUCUGGCUCAGUGGCUUUUUUGGAUUCUGGGCGUAUCCGGCAGGGACGCAUCAGAAGUGGGGCACAGCGCUCAGCACCUUCUGGGGUGCAUGGGCGUUUCUGCUGGGGUCCUACAUACAGCUGUUUGAAAUGCUGAACUGA